AUGGCUACAAACGGAAAGUAUCUAAAUAUAAGUAUUCAACCGUCGAAACUUCCACGGACUUCUAAAGCCAUAUUUGAGUUGCCUAGAGACAACUUGAGUGAUGCUGAACUCGGCGGAAAAUCGACUUCAGAUAGAACCAAACGUCGUGUGGCCCACGAUGCGUGGUUUCCUCUGCCGGUAAUCCCAAGGCUUGCAGUAGCUCCGGUACAGGCGGUUGAUCAGCCGAAUCCGAUAAAAAAGCAUGUCUUAAAGAAGGAAGACAGUUUCUCGCACAUAAAACAAAGCAAUGUAAGAAAUAUUAACGACAAGGUUGAUUUGGAUUCAAGAGCCCAACAUAGCAAGUCGACAAGUUCUGGAGUUGAUGACAGGGAUAAGGCUAACAAGAGAAAGUUAGGAGACUUAGAGUCUGACGAAAAAGGGACGAAAAAGAAGCAAAAAAAAGGCAAUGUUGACAAGUCAAAAUACAAAGACGUAAAACAAGGGAAAAAAGCACACCGACGUAAAGGUAUAUCGAAAUUUGUUCCGAAAUUCGCAAUUCACAUCUCAUUCCUCCGCUAUUGA